GCAUUUGCCAACAAGUGGCUGACACGAGAAGGUCGCCCUUGAGUGAGCGCACGAUUGGCAUAAGCGAACUGCAAUUCCAGCGGAGAGCUAGUACACCGAACUAAGAGUGCAACAGCUUGUAAUUAUCGAUACUCUACAGUAGUUGAGUGCAAUUUGUAUAUCUGAUUAGUACCAAGUGCAGUGGGAGAGCGCUGAAACGACAAGUGGUAAAACGGAGAAUAUAAUAAAAACGCGUUUAAAGCAAAAUUAAUAAUAAAAAAAUAUUACAACGAUUAUUAUUUCAUCGGUGUGCUGUAAUAUUUGUGUUUAUUAAAUAACAGCAAUUCGCGUGUGAGUAUUGGCAAAGCGUUGCGAAAAUGACGAAACGAGCGAACGUCUUGUGGUUCCGCCAUGGGUUACGUUUGCACGAUAAUCCGGCGCUGCUGGAGGCCAUUUCCGACAAAUCGGAGGGUAUUGCAUUGAUACCGCUAUUCAUUUUUGAUGGAGAAAGUGCUGGUACCAAGACAGUUGGGUAUAAUCGUAUGAGCUUUCUUCUCAACUCCCUGGCUGAUAUUGAUAAACAAUUAAAAGCCAUACGCGGAGCGAGUGAUAUUUCAGGCAAAUUAUACUUGUUCCAAGGCAAUCCGGCAACGGUGUUUCGUCGUCUAAGUGAAUACUAUAGAUUGAAUAAGAUUUGCUUCGAACAGGAUUGCGAACCAAUUUGGAAUCGACGUGAUGAUUCAGUGCGUUCUCUAUGUAACGACUUGGAUAUUGAGGCAGUGGAGAAGGUAUCUCAUACGUUGUGGGAUCCACGGACUGUUAUUAGUACAAAUGGUGGAAUUCCCCCAUUGACCUAUCAGAUGUUUUUGCACACCGUGGAAAUAAUUGGUGUUCCACCACGUCCAGUUGAAGAUCCCGACUGGGAUGGCGUUGAGUUUCUAAAACUAACUGAUAACAUGCUUAUGGAAUUAAACGCCUUCUGGCGGUUCCCCACACCUGAGGACUUCAAUGUAUAUCCAGACAAUGUAAGCUAUGUGGCCAAGGUGAAAUGGCAUGGCGGUGAACAGCAAGCAUUGUUACAUCUAGAUGAGCGUCUAAAAGUAGAAGAGCGUGCUUUUAAAAACGGAUACUAUCUCCCAAAUCAGGCAAAUCCCAACAUACUCGAAUCUCCGAAAUCGAUGAGCGCUCAUCUUCGCUUCGGCUGUCUGUCAGUCCGCCGUUUUUACUGGAGCGUACAUGAUCUCUUCAAGCACGUGCAAAUUGAGGCUUUACGUCAACGUGUACACAUGGCCGGCGGAGAGCACAUCACUGGGCAGCUCAUUUGGCGUGAGUACUUUUAUACAAUGUCCGUAAAUAAUCCUUAUUACGAUCGCAUGGAGGGCAAUGCGAUCUGUUUGAACAUUCCAUGGGCUGCACCAAAUAAGGAACAGUUGCAAAGUUGGCGUAGUGGUCAAACUGGGUUUCCCUUGAUUGACGCUGCAAUGCGCCAAUUGCUGGCCGAGGGUUGGUUGCAUCACACACUACGCAAUACGGUGGCAACAUUCCUGACUCGCGGUGCACUCUGGCAAAGUUGGGAACAUGGCUUGAGGCACUUUCUCAAAUAUCUAUUGGAUGCUGAUUGGUCAGUAUGUGCUGGGAAUUGGAUGUGGGUGUCAUCGUCUGCAUUCGAACGUCUUUUGGAUUCCUCUUUAGUCUCUUGUCCUAUAGCAUUUUCCAAACGUUUGGAUCCCAAAGGUGAAUACAUUCGUCAGUAUGUACCAGAGUUGGCUAAUGUGCCUCAGGAGUAUAUUCACGAACCAUGGCGUAUGCCACAGGAACUUCAGGAAAACUGCGAAUGUGUCAUUGGCGUGCAGUAUCCCGAGCGUAUCGUCGACUUAGCAAAAGUAUCAAAACGUAAUGUACACGCUAUGCAAACACUGAGGCAGUCGUUGAUCGCCGGCGGCGCGCCCGAUGAAGGCCCACCACAUUGUCGGCCAUCCAACGAAGAGGAAGUGCAUCAAUUCUUUUGGUUGGUUGAAUGAGCUUCCGAAUUCUUCUUAAAAAAAACUAUAAGAAAGUAUACGCAUUGGAUAAGCAAAUGUGGGGACCGAUAACAUAAAUAUUUAAAUAUCUGUUUUAUUAAAGCAUAUUCACACAUUAAUGUUGUAAAAGCUAAUUAAAAUUAUAUAAGAAUAAAUUUUAGUCAUAUAUCCUUAACCCAUAACCUAAA